AUGGAAUCAGAGUGUAAAACGGACAAAAGGAAACGAACAAAAAACUUUAAUGAAACUGAAAAAUGGAGUAGUUUCCUGGGUCAAAAAAAAGAAACAUGGGAAAAAUUAGCCAAAGAAUUUAAUUUGUCCACGGGAACACAAAGGGAAGCUGACAUAUUAAAAACAAAAUAUUUAAAUUUAAAAAAGAAGAGCAAAGAAAAGUUUUCUGCCAAUAAAAAGGGGAUAACAUUAACUGGAGGAGGCCCAUAUAUUCCCAUUGAAUUUUCCACUGCUGAGCUAGGUAUUAUGGAAAUUGUGGGACCAGAAAUUACUGGAUUAACUAAUAGUUAUGACAAUGAUGCAGAACAGACUUCUAUAACUAUAAUUGCUGAGGAUAACAUGAAGGAGGAUAUGCCUGAUCCUGAAAUGGAAGCCAAUUUGAAUCAAAUUAUAGAUGAACCAAGCACUUCUACCCAUGACUGGGUAUCUUAUACCCCCACAAAUUUGAAGGUGUACAAGUCAAAGGAGCUGAGAAAGACAAGACUAGAGAAAAAGACUUACAUCCCAGCCGAAAAAAAACUGGUGGAUGAAAAAAUUUGUUUCCUAAAAGCACAAAAAGCAAUGUUUGCAAAAGAGCAUGAAAUUAAAAUGGAAAUAAUGAAACUAGAACUACAAAUAAAAGAAAAGGAACUAGAAAAACUCCAAAAAUAUUAA